AUGGACGCUAUAAAAACUGGAACGGAGAAAGAAACUAACACACACCGGGAUCCAAAGGGUCAGCAUCGCGUGAACUCAUCGAGUUCCUUAAAGAGCACUUUGCCCCGGUCGUCAUCUACCACUGCUGCUGUUACUAUGGCUAAGAACCAGACUGGGACAUCUAUAUCCGACACUCAACUGGCCGAACUCCGGGCCGCUGUCAAGGGUGCUGUUUAUCGCUGCGAAGACGCUGGGUUCAAGCGCCAUUCCCAGCUGUUUAACGCUGUGAUUGUCAGUCCUGCCAAGCUGCUCGUUCGCCCACUUGACGUAUACGAUGUCUCUGCGACGAUUAAAUUUUGUAAUAAAUACGGCUUGACGCCGAGUGCCAAGUCUGGGGGGUAUGGCACCCACGGUUGGUCUGUCGAGGGGGACGUUAUCAUCGACAUGCGACUCAUUGCCCAGAUCACCAUCGAACGACCAAGCGAUUCCACUCCUGAUUGGUCUUCCUUGCGUUCCUCGCCCCACGCACGCGUCGUCGACCCCGACACCGUCAAGGGAUUCAACCGUGUGCCGUCGGCUGCAUCGUUCCCCACCAACUACCCGGCCCACAAGAUUGGCCCGCCAGCCAUACAUGAUCCAUUCACCGAGUCCCGUCGCCGCUCGGCCGAUGAGGCGUUUGAUAGUGCUGUCCCACCUGUCGACGGCAUGCAAGUCGACGGGGCCGAUGGACUCGAUGGGGAGCAGCCAAAAGACAUCGACGCGGAUAGGCCGACUCGGCGGCUUCGCGUAGGCAGCCCCGGAUCCGGGCGAGCUUCAAGUUCGACUGAUCUCAGCACUCCCUCCGCGGCCGAUUCGCCUCACACACCUGGGGAAGCAACAAACAAACCGUCUGAAGGAAGUAAGUCGUCCGGGCCUGUGACUGCAAUUGAUGUUGCAAGCGAUGAAAGCAUGCUUCCUCCGACUGCUGACCGACCGGUUGUUGGGCUUGACGCGAGGGGCUUUGUCGGACGUGACCCUGGGUAUUGGGAUGCAGUGUGGUCCAGAGAAGUCGCUGAUGGCGUUGCGAUAGAGUCCGCGGGCGCGACGAGUUUGUUAGGUGCCAUGUCCCGUACCCCGAAUGGACUCCCCGCUUUCCCGUCAGUUACGCCUCCUACUCCCGAUCUGCCCCUUCGAUCAAACGCCCCCGCUUCGGCCCGCCCCUUUGAUUUUAGCGAACCGGGGAUGACGAGUUAUGUAAAUGCACAUGCCAAUCCGCACAGCAAUCCCAUGGGCAGCAACAACGCCUUGUUCCCGGGGCUGGGCACGAACGGGGGGAAUGGUAACGGCAACAGCAACGGCAACGCCCGCCCGUUCCAGUUUAUGGACGAUGGCGAGUCCCACUCGACCCCAGGCGAAGACUCGUCGACCACACCCGACGGACCGACAAUCACGCAUCUCUCACACGAACCACGUGCGCCAUUGCCCUACACGUACGUCACAUUCGGCGCCGGGGCAUCGCAAAAGGACGUCGACGCGUUUUGCGCCUCGCAUCCUCUCAAAACUGUCUCCCCCGGCUCGCUCGCCGAUGGCGCGCACGGCUCGACCAUCAUUGCUGACACGGCCCAGCCCGAUUUGUAUCAGCUCCCUGCGCCGGCCAUGAUCAGUUCCUUGUUUGGAUCCCAGAACACGGUUCCGUACUAUGUUCCCUUUGCGGCCCACCCUGUUGGGUCGACUGUAAUGUUACUCGGCGGAUUCGGGUUCCUGAGUCGGCUGAGGGGACUAAGUAUGGACUGUCUCGUUGAAGCCGAGGUCGUGCUCGCCGAUGGCCGGAUCGUGUGGGUCAGCUCUUCGGGAGUCAAAGACGAGGCCGGAAACGACAUUGAGCUCGAAGAAACCGAGGAUGCAGAGCUGGACGCCAACGCCAAGGAGUUUAUCCAGGACGAAAAGGAACGCGCAAAACGGAUGAAGGAGAAGAGCAAGGAACAGGAUUCCGAUCUGCCUGCUUCAGAGUCGAAAGACGAGCGGACCGAGCAGCCUAUUGACCCUCCCGAGCCGGACGAAGAGGAGGAAGUCAAGUGUCGGCGCGGACUGUGGUGGGCGCUGCGUGGAGCGGGGUCGGCGUUUGGGAUCGUGACGAGGUACAAGGCCAAGGCGUUCCCUGUCCCAAUCGUGUUUGCGGGGAAUCUGAUAUAUAAUUUUAAUAAAGCAACGGCUGCGUCGUUGAUCAUGCAUUUCCGAGACUGUAUCAAGUCGGCACCGAGGGAGCUGUAUGCGAAUUGCAUACUAACGGCUGGUCCGAAAAAUCAAGGCAAGGAUCUAUGGCGGUUUGUUCGUGGUCGCGCCCUGGUGGUGAUUCAAAUAUGCUAUGCUGGCCCGCGUGCAGAGGGGUUACCGUUCCUGCAAGCGAUCAGCAGCUGGGAAGGAGAAGGAUGUGUGCUGAACGAGGUUCAGGAAAAGGAGUUUGUCUGGCAGCAGGAUUCGGUAGCCAAGGUGCUUAAAGGUGGAUCUGGCCGGAAAUGGUUCAUUCGAAGCGACUUGAUUACCAGUCUGACGGACGAAAUCAUCUAUCGCACCGUUCGCAAAUUUGGAGACACACCGGAUGGAUGCACCUGGUUAUUUGAACUCUCUGGUGGCGCACUCACGGAUACCACCGACUCGUGCCUGCCCAAAGCCGCGCGCGAAGCGACGUUCACGAUUGUAGCACUGCACCAGUGGAAACUCGAGAUGGACGACCCGGCGUGCGUGUUGACCGCCGAAAAAUGGAUCAAGGAUACGUUGGCACUACAAAGCACAGGUGGUCCAUUCCCUUGCUUCCUCGAACGCCGCGAGAAACGAUCACGCAUCCUGGGCGUAUUCGGUCCCGAAAACUGGGCACGGCUCUGCGCGCUCAAAAAGAAAUACGAUCCCAAUGGGGUGUUCAAGCACAACUUUUGGCCGCUGGACGAGUCUGGGAAACCCCUGUUGGAUCCGCGCGAGAUGCGGCGCGCGGCGGAUAUGACGGGCGGGCAUUUUAUGGAUCUUACGCUUGACGAGCGCGGGGUUCCGCUUGGUGCAUGA